GAAUGACAACCCCGAUUUAACAACCCUGUUCUCGUCUCGAAGAGAUUUUCUUCACCCGAAAAUAUACAAUUUGUGUGUUUUCUUUUUGCCAAAUCGCUGAUUUAAACAAUCGAGGAAUGUGCCAAGCCCUCGGUAAAUAACCUUUACUUUUUAGUUCGACCCAUUUAAUUGCGAAUUAUGUCGUCCAUUAUCACGCGCAAGGAUGGCGACGUCGACGAGCGUAAAUUGUCCAAAAAGCGCGCUGCCGCCUCAGAUUCCAGUGGAAAUAAUGGUGGUGGCGCCAUCGAGGCGCCCAAGAAAUCCCGCUUCGAUGUGCUGGACAAGAAUGGCGGUGGCGCCGGCGACCCCAAAGAGGAUGCGACUGUGUCCGCCUCGCUGAGCUCCACGCAGAUCAAGCUGAUGAUGGCCCAUGCCCAGCGGGAGAUCGAGGAGCGCAAGCGGGCGCUGAGCAAUCUGCGGGACAAGGAUCCCCUCCUGGCUUCCGUGCCCUCGAUCGGCAUGCCCGUGGCCCUGGCCACCCAGGCGCUGUCCAAGAAACCGACGCCCGAGGACUCCGAGAAGGCCCGUAAGAUUGCCGAGCUGCAGGCGCAGAUUAGGGCCAAGCUAACCGGCAAUUUGGCCAAUUUAAUUCAACCCACUGCGGUGGCAGCUGCAGCUGCAGCCGCCGCCCAGGCGCAGGAGCGCCCGAAGCCACUGAUCCUGGACGAGGAGGGACGCACUGUGGACAAGAGCGGACGAACCAUCAACAUACCCACGGUGACGCCGACGCUCAAAGCAAACAUUCGCGCCAAGAAGCGCGAGGUGUUCCAGCGCACAACGGGGGGCUUGGGUGAGCGCGGUGAGUCGGCCACUUCUGCCCAGGAUGAGGCGAUCAAGUACUUUGACGACCGCAUAGCCUUGAAGCCAACAGUCAGGAAUAAGAGGACACUGCGGUUCCAUGAACCGGGCAAAUUCCAGCAGCUGGCCGAAAGGAUGCGCAUGAAGAGCCAGCUGGAGCGGCUGCAGAAUGAGAUUUCGCAGAUAGCCCGCAAGACGGGCAUCUCGUCGGCCACCAAGCUGGCUUUGAUUGCUCCCAAGCAGGAUAUGCCCGACGAUGUGCCGGCCAUGGAGUGGUGGGACUCUGUCAUACUCACCCAGGAUCUGGAGACGCUGGACGAGGCUAGCGGUAAGAUAAGCAUUCGCCAGACGGCCAUAAGCAACCUCAUAGAGCACCCCACGCAAAUGAAGCCGCCCAAUGAGCCCAUGAAGCCCGUGUAUCUGCCCGUGUUCCUCACCAAGAAGGAGCGCAAGAAGCUGCGUCGCCAGAACCGUCGGGAGGCCUGGAAGGAGGAACAGGAGAAGAUUCGCCUCGGUUUGGUGGCCCCGCCAGAGCCCAAGCUGCGCAUAUCCAAUCUAAUGCGUGUCCUUGGCUCCGAGGCCGUCCAGGACCCGACCAAAAUGGAACAGCAUGUGCGCGAGCAGAUGGCCAAGCGGCAGAAGGCGCACGAGGAUGCAAACAAUGCGCGCAAGCUGACCAGCGAGCAGAAGAGCGAGAAGAAGCAGCGCAAGCUCAAGGAGGACACCAGUUGCGGCGUGCAUGUGAGCGUUUAUCGGAUUCGCGAUCUGCAGGACAACCAGAGCAAGAAGUUCAAGGUGGAGACGAAUGCCAAGCAGCUGCAGAUGACCGGCAGUGUGGUGCUCUUCCGCGAUUGCUGUGUGGUCGUCGUGGAGGGUGGGCCCAAGCAGCAGAAAAAGUAUCGCCGCCUCAUGCUGACGCGCAUCAAGUGGGAGGAGGACCUGGCCAAGGGCAACGACGGCCAGGACGUGCCCAACUCGUGCGUGCUCGUCUGGGAGGGAACUAGUCAGCGCCGGCACUUUGGCGAGAUCAAGUUUAAGAUCUUCCCGAUGGAGAAAAUGGCCCGCGAGUUCUUUCAAAAGCACCAGGUUGAGCACUACUGGGAUCUGGCCUAUUCCGGGGCUGUCCUCGAGGCCUCCACGGAUCAGCAGUAGACGGGGCGUUGGCUAUGCCACAAAAAGCAUUUUAGGAUUCACUAGGUUAUCUACUACCUACUACCGUACUAAAAAAUUCACUUUCGAAAAGACUAAAGUCUGAAUUGAUGUUUUGAAGCGCUACGCACUUGAUAUGUUAACUUUCUCGGAGCUUUUCGGAACCUUUUGGAAGUGCAAAAAUGAUGAAUAAACGUUUUUCCAGGACUCUACAUGUUUGUUGUAUCAAGUUCAACCUCUUUACUUUAUGUUUUGUAUGGGAAACCAUUAAAAAUGAUCUAUAAAUUCAA